UAAUAUUUUAAAUAAUGACAAUUAUUUAUUAUUAUUACAUUCCAACAUAAAUUUUACAAAAACACAACAAACAAACAAAAUGUUACGUUUAAAUCGUUUCACCAUCAAACAUCUGGUUAAAAAAUAUUCAACAUUAACAUCAAAUAAGAAUACAUCGUUGUCAUUAACAUUUAAUCAACGACCAACACGUCACAAAGUUAAUAUUAAUCAAUUACUAUUAUCACCAGAUCAAUCAACUGGUUUAUUUGGUUGGUCAACAUUAAAAUCACCCGAUGGAUUUUAUAUAUUAGAAGAACAAUGUCAAAUCAAAACACAACAAUUAAUUACAGAAGCAUUAAAUCACGAUCGUAAACGUAAAAUGGUUGAAAUAUUCGAUGAUAUGUCUGAUACAUUAUGUAAAGUUGCUGAUUUAGCUGAAUUUAUACGUUUAGCACAUCCAAAUUUUAAAUAUACAAAUGCCGCUGAAUAUGCAUGUAUUAAAAUCAGUGAAAUUGUUGAACAAUUAAAUACAAAUCGUAAUUUAUAUAAUGUUUUAUUGGAACAACGUAAUGUUCCACAAGAAAAUAGUAUCGAUAAACAUGUUAUUGAUUUAUUUUUAUUUGAUUUUGAACAGAGUGGUAUUCAUUUAACUGACGAUCAAUUACGUAACUAUGUUGUACAAUUAAAUAAUUAUAUAUUACAAAUUGGUCAAAAAUUUGUUAAUAAUACCGUACAACCACGGUUUAUAUCAAAUAAUAUACCAAACAUACCGAAAGAUUUAUUAAUCAAUGAUCAAAUAACUGGUUUAUGUGCGGAUUCAAAUAAUCCGUUAAUACGAGAAUACGGUUAUAAAUUAUAUUUACAACCUGAUAAGGAACAAGAAUAUUUAUUAGAUUCAUUAUUAGAUUCACGAUUAAAAUUAGCACAAACAUGCGGUUUUCAAACAUAUUGUGAUCGUGCUGUUAAAGCAAGUAUUGUUGAAACACCAAAAUUUAUUCAAGAAUUUUUAUCAAUUUUAAAUGAUAAUAUUAAAUCACGUUCACUUUAUGAUUUUCAAUUAAUGCAAAAAUCAUCGAAUUUAUCGAAAAUUAAUUGUUGGGAUGUACCAUAUUUAAAUAAUAAAUUAAAAAAAGAUUUACUACGAAUUGAUCAUUACGAGUAUGCACCAUAUUUUUCAUUAGGAAAUUGCAUGGAAGGUUUAAAUAUGCUGAUGCAAUCAUUGUAUGGGAUACAAUUACGUAACGAGGAAACGGAACCUGGUGAAUUAUGGUCGAAUGAUGUGUAUAAAUUAUCCGUUGUACAUGAAAAUGAAGGUGUUUUAGGUUACAUUUACUGUGAUUUUUAUGAGAGGGAAUUAAAACCAAAUCAAGAUUGUCAUUAUACGAUUCAAGGUGGAAAACAAUUAGCAAAUGGAUAUCAAUUACCAAUUGUUGUGGUUAUGUUAAAUUUACCAAUGCCACGAUGGUCAUCUCCAACAUUAUUAACACCAAAUUUAGUUGAUAAUUUAUUCCAUGAAAUGGGUCAUGCUAUGCAUUCAAUGUUAGCUCGGACAAAAUAUCAACAUAUAACUGGUACACGUUGUUCAACUGAUUUUGCGGAAGUCCCAUCAAUUUUAAUGGAAUAUUUCGCAAAUGAUUCACGUGUAUUAUCAAAAUUUGCACGACACUUUCAAACGAACGAACAAAUAUCGGACGAAAUGUUAGAACGAUUAUGUUUAUCACGUAAUUUAUUUAUUGCUAGUGAAACUGAAAUGCAAUUAUUUUAUUCGGCGUUAGAUCAUCGUUAUCAUAAUUGUAAAGAACAUAUACCAAAUAGUACAACGGCAACAUUAGCUGAAACACAAAAAGAAUAUUAUACAUUACCAUAUGUGGAGAAUACCGCAUGGCAAUUACGUUUUAGUCAUUUAGUUGGUUAUGGUGCUAAAUAUUAUUCAUAUUUAAUAUCUAGAGCAGUUGCUUCAUGGAUCUGGCAACAAUAUUUUGAAAUGGAUCCAUUUAGUCGAACGAAUGGGGAACGUUAUCGUAGAGAAUGUUUAGCUCAUGGUGGUGGUAAACCACCAAGAAAUCUAGUAAAUGAUUUACUUAAGAAAGAGUGUACACCAAGUAAUUUGGCAAUGGCUUUAAUAAAUGAAAUUGAUUUAAAACAAGACAAACAU